AUGGCCCACGCUCUCAGCGUCUUCGUCGACUCCGCAGCGGCUUCGGGAGGAACGAUCAAGGAGCAGCAGCUCAUGGAUGACAUGAUGGUGGGCGCGGGCUCGGCCUUUUCUGCACUACGGCAUCCAGAGAACGCAGCCGUGGAUGCCUUGGAGGCUGCACUUUCUGCCGGGGUUUCUGCCUCGGAUGCAGAUGCCAAUGCACGAGGAGCGCUGAGUGUGGUUCACACAUUGGCCUCCAUCCUUACCGGGACACGCCCGGACGUACCUUUUUCCCUGGCCUGCAGAGUGCUCCUGCCACCCGUGCUUCGUGCUUGGGCAGAGGAAGCACAAGAAGGCACUGAGCCUGCGGCUGUGUCCGCCAUCGCAUCCUUGUCCGAGGCCAUGCUCGGCCCCGCCUCGCCAGAGCCCUCGCUGCGGCGCUUGGCCGACUUCGUGGAUGACUUCUGCGGCCGAGCAGGCCUCCCUUGCCAGCUGCCACUAGAUCCCGCAGAGUGCGGGGGGCCUAGGCCCAGACAGUGCUGCGAUGCUGCUGACCCUCAAUGCGGCCAAGGCGCCCAUGAUGUCCCAGCGGCCCCCACCUGGCUGGGUCAAUGA